AUGAGCGGCCUUCAGAGCCAUCCGGCAUGGCAGAUCCUGCUGGAUAACAAGACGAACAAGCCGUAUUACUACAACCGCUCCGCCAACAUUAACACCUACACAGUGCCCGAUGAUCUUCUGACUCCAGCACAGAAAGCUACUGGAUGGGCCCAAACCACCGCCGACGGAGGCCGAGUUUACUAUUUCCGCAAGGACGACAAGACAAAGACAUCAUGGACUCCUCCACCUGGCUGGGAAACUCCCGCCGCUCCUGCCCCCGAAGCUCCGCAAUUCGUCUCAUCUAGCUUCCAGGCUCACCCUCCUGCCCGCGAACAACGAGGCCCCAGAGAAAGCAGACCUUUCCACGACCGUCGCGAGGAGAGCAACUACCGAGGCCCCAUCGCCGUUGCUGCUACAGGUCCCGAAUAUGGUUCCCGCGAAGAAGCUGAGGCAGCUUUCACCAAGCUGCUGAGAAAGUCUGGUGUGCAACCUGGCUGGUCAUGGGAGCGCGCCAUGCGUGCCACUAUCCAAGAUCCUCAAUACCGUGCCAUCAAGGAACCUAGCGAAAGAAAAGCCGCUUUCGAAAAAUACCUAGACGAUGUUGUGCGCGAGGAUCAAGAGCGCGAGAAGGAGCGCAUCAAGAAGUUGCGCUCAGACUUCCGUUCCAUGCUGCAGACACACCCCGAGAUCAAGCACUACACGCGCUGGAAGACCGCUCGCCCUAUGCUCGAGAACGAAGCCAUUUUCCGCGCUACUGACAACGAAGACGAGAAGCGCCGCAUGUUUGACGAGUACAUCGUGGAUCUCAGAAAAGCCGCCGAAGAUAAGCGCCAGCGCGACUACGAUGCUGCAAUGACUGGCGUCGCCGACAUUCUCCAAGAUCUCGAUCUUAACGCAAAGUCGCAGUGGAUGGAUACGCGCGAACGCCUGCACUCGCAUGCAAACUUCCAGGAAGACCCCAAGUACAAGAUUCUGUCCCCCUCCGAGCCCUUGCAGAUAUUCGACCGCUACAUGCGUAGGCUAUGGAAUGACGCACACAACGAGAAGCAACGCGCAGCUCAGCUCAAGGCUCGUGAACAGCGCAAGGCCAGAGAGGGCUUCGCAGCUCUGCUAGUCGAGCUUAGAGAAAAAGAGACGAUCAAGCCUGGUACUAUGUGGAAGGAAGUUCACCCAUUGAUCGAGAAUGAGCCUCGUUACAUCAAGUUGAUGGACAAUCUAGGUCACAAGGACCGCAUCACUGACGGUUCUACUCCUCAGGACAUCUUCUUUGACUUGCUGGAUGACUUUGACAAGGAGGUUCAUGACAUUCGCCCUGCUGUUGAAGCCACUCUCAAGGAAGAGCACUUCCGUUUCACUCCCGCGACUACUCUUGAAGAAUUCCAGCACGCAAUUAGACACGACCGACGCAUCUCUUCCAUGAAACCACACCUCUUGGAAGAGGUCUACAAAAGACUGCACAGAAACGCUCUCGACAGGGAAGAAGACAUUGAACGUGAUGCCAAACGCCAACAACGUAAGGCCGUCGAUGCAUUGCGUUCUCGCAUCAAGCAUCUGGAACCCCCAGUCCUGAUCGGAGAUACAUGGGAGCAGGUGCGUCCGCGUGUAGAGCGUACCGAAGAGUACAAGGCCGUGACCAGUGACGAGGAUCGCCAACUCGCCUAUGACAAGUUCAUGAACAGGCUCAAGGAAGACGCUGCCGAAAGAGAGCGUCUGCGCCGCCAUGACAGAGAACGCGAGAGAGACCGUGAUAGACGCCGAGACCGUGACCGCCGUCGUAGCCGCUCACCUCCAUCACGCGAGGUUGACGCCUACGAAGCUGACCGCCGCCGAGCUGCAUCCGAACGUGAGCGUCAGUACCGUCAUUCGAGCAUCGGCGGGCUCUCACCGCCACCUCGCGAUCGUCCCAGAGUCCGUGAUGACCGCUAUGAGAGAGAUGUGGGCGAUCCGAGAAGAGAGAGACAAGUCAGCCUUUCCAUCUACGAUCGCGAAAGAAGAGAACGCGAGGCCGAACGCGAGAGGUCGUACAUUAGUCGUGCCGACCCACGCACCAAGGCCAGCGAACUCGAUUACGGCGAUGGUGGAGACAGCCCCAAGCCAGAAAGCACAUCGGGUGGAACCAACGGCAACAAGAGAUCCGCAGCUAGCAAUGGCGACGGCGAUGCAAAGAGACAGGCCAAGCGCCCUCGUGUCGGUGAGCACUCUUCCCGUAAUGGUGGUUCUGUUACUCCCGCUCUCUCGGCCGCAGGAAACGACGAACCCGCACUGCAGUCUGGCAGUGAGGAAGGCGAGAUCGAAGAGGUCUAG